AUGCAUUUUAUUAAAUAUUUCGUUAUCUUUGCAUUAUUUGCAAUCCAACUUAGUGUUCAAAAGUCAAAGCCUGCAAAAGAAAUAUCAUCUAACGAAUCGGGUAAUGAAUUAUCACCAAAUUCAGUUGAAGAACCAACUGAAAAGCCAAAGAAACCUUCUAAAAUAAAAAGUGCUUUGAAAAGUGCUAAAAAUGUCGUUGGCGGUGUUUUGAAAACUGGGGUAGCAGUUGCUAGCAAGGGAUUACUCGGAAACAUUCUUGGAAGUUCUACUAAAAGCAAAAAGAGUAAAAAUAGUAGUGGAUUACUUGGUGGUUUAUUAGGUAGCAAACAAAGUAGUUCUGAAUCUGAUGAAAGCAGCGAAGAAAAUAAGAAAAGCAAGAAAAAAAGUAGAAGCAAAUCUGACUCAGAUGAAAAUGAAACAUCAUCAAAGAAAAAAUCAUCUGGUAGCAGCUUUGCUAAAAGCCUAAAAAAUAAAUUUGUUGGAAGUGUAAAAAAUGGCGUUCAAAAGAAAAUAACUAAAUCCUUGCUUGGCAAAUUAUUCUAA